AUGGAGAGUAUUUCAAAUGAAAGUGACUUUUGGCAAUCUAGCGAAUCCUGGCGGAACUCAAGUGUCGUUAACAGCAUCGUUUGGUUGAAUCAGACAAACCCUCUGAAGCGGAAUGAAGAAGUGGCGAAGGUGGAGGUGGCUGUUCUCGCACUGGUGCUGUUUUUGGCGCUGACGGGGAACCUGUGCGUCCUGCUGGCCAUCCACACCACCAAGCACAGUCAGUCUCGCAUGUAUUACUUCAUGAAGCACCUGAGCAUCGCCGAUCUAGUUGUGGCAAUAUUUCAAGUUCUCCCUCAACUUAUCUGGGAUAUUACAUUUCGGUUCUAUGGACCGGAUAUUUUGUGCAGGUUGGUGAAAUACCUGCAGGUCGUCGGAAUGUUCGCCUCCACUUACAUGUUAGUUUUGAUGUCUGUAGACAGGUGUUUGGCCAUUUGUCAGCCUCUUCGUUCGUUGCACAGGAGAAAAGACCGUUUCUAUGUUAUAUGUUCCUGGGUCCUGAGCCUGCUCUUCAGCAUGCCGCAGAUGUUCAUUUUCUCCCUGAUCGAGGUCGGCUCGGCCGGAUCCGGAGUGUAUGACUGCUGGGGCGACUUCGUGAAGCCUUGGGGAGCCAAAGCGUACAUCACAUGGAUCAGUCUUACUAUAUAUAUCAUCCCAGUUGCGAUACUGAGCAUUUGCUACGGGUUGAUAAGCUUCAAAAUAUGGCAAAACUUUAAACUGAAAACUAGGCGCGAGCAGUGUAUCAGUCUGACGCCCAAAGCCUCCAAAUGCAACACCGUGGCCCGCGUGAGCAGCGUUAAGCUCAUCUCCAAGGCGAAGAUAACCACAGUGAAAAUGACUUUUGUGAUCGUCGUGGCUUAUAUCGUCUGCUGGACACCUUUUUUCUCAGUUCAGAUGUGGUCUGCGUGGGAUCCAGCAGCGCCCCGCGAGGCUAUGCCCUUCAUCAUCUCUAUGCUGCUGGCCAGCCUCAACAGCUGCUGUAACCCCUGGAUCUACAUGUGCUUCGCUGGGCAUCUGUUCCAGGAUCUUAGGCAGAACUUUCUGUGCUGUUCCACUCACUACCUCAAGUCAUCCCAGUGCAGCUGUGAGCGUGACUUUGACUCCAGUCACAAGAGCAACUCCUCAACCUUUGCCAUUAAAAGCACGAGCAGUCAGAGGAGCAUCACACAAACUUCCACCACAUAA